AUGGCGAAUACUGCAAAGCUGGACAGGCCCUGGACUCACAUGUUUUCAGACGAACGGGCAUUGCUAUUGUCCCCCGACUUCCGUCGCAAGAAAUCCGUCUCGACUACGGCGGGUCACGAUUCAUCAGCCUCCUCGUCCGCCGCUGCCGCUCUCUCCAUCAUCACCUCAACCACAGCCCCGAUAACGCCUCCGAUCCCCUCCGUCUCUACCUCCUUGCACGGUCCCUGGGAAGGCACUUUUCUCGAAUCCGAAGAGCUACCCCAGCAGGCAGAGAGCUCGGUGCAGGAGCUUUCGCCUCCCCCUGCGCAGCUACACCCCCAACCACAAAGGCAGCACGGGUCGAAAAAUUCGAGGAACUCUCUAGACUCCUUCAUCUCCAUCGUAGACGACCCCUUCUUCCAGCGAUAUCACAGCAUCAGCAGCGACUGGCUCGGCGACGACGCUGACGACGCCGAGCUUCUCGCACCCUCCCCGCACAUAGAAUCGAGCUCUCAGGACGCAACCCGCCAUGAACAGUCGUUCUCAUUCCAAGGGUCGCAACCUCGCAACAGAGACUCUCUUAUUAUAACCGAUCCGUCUUGGGCUUCUCCGCCACCGAUAAUGGAGGCCGUAAAUAUCGCCGUCAUUGGGGCUAAUGGCGUGGGCAAAUCGGCUUUUGUUCAGCGAGCCCUCCGUCUGAACCGCCCGCCAACCUCGAACAUCAAUGCCAUCCGUCUUGAUGUCGAGAGCAUCCCGCAUGUUGUCGCCCUUAUCGAGUUGGAUCUCGAAUACUUUGACGUUAGUCCGAACCAGAGGAUCAGCUGGCCGAAGCAGAUCAACGGCCAUAUGGUCCCGCGCAUCGAUGGAGCUCUCAUUCUAUACGAUGUCAUGAACAAGGAGAGCAUUCGGGAUCUUCCCCACACGCUGUCCGCUCUGAGCAUCUCUGGCCUGCCUACAAUGCUUGUUGCGACCAAGUGCGACAACCCGGAAAACAUGCGCCAAAUCAACGCCAACGGCAUGGCAACUGUGUUUCCGUCCAUUCUCGCCGACUUCAAAACGUCUGCAAAUGUCCCGGCAAGCACCCGGGAUUGCCUGCAAUCAAUCGUUCUAGCCUCUGUCUUCAACCGGAAAGGGUCAGACAAGGAGAGCUACACCAGGCGGCGCGCUGCUUCUUCUGCUGCCCACCUAGACACACCCCCGGAUAGCACCAGGGGCCGACAACCCAGUGAGCGGAGCAGCAGCAAGCACAGCCGCGCAAGCUCGGACCUAUCCCUUCUUCGAGGAGCUCAGACCGGCUCCGCCGACCGGGAAAGCUUCUACCGCACUCAAAACUCUAGGUCGCCGAGAAUCGAGUAUCCGAGCAUACCACAGAACGCAUCCAGUCUUGGAAACGAGAUGAGCGACGAGAAGCCCGCGCAGACUGUUCAAGGUAUGCUGCGCUCGCCCGGUGUGCGCCUAGACGCCGGAGCCUCGUUUCUAGACGUCGACGAGUCUGACGCCGAGUCAUUUCGCUACUCAGAUGAUGUUCCCAUCCUGCAGCGCAAUGACGAGUUGAAUACAGACAGACCUUCGAAAAUGACCGGGACUUCCUUCAAGGAACUCGUCGACCGCCUCCUCGCCCCAGCCAUGAACCGCGCCGAUAUGAACUUUGGCGACGUGUUCCUCUGCUUGUAUCGCAAAUUCGUCCCUCCUAACGAGCUCCUGUCCACCAUUCUAGAACGUUUCGAACAGACCUGGGAGGACAAAGCAAGCCAUUAUCUGGAGCGCACGGCCACGCAGUUUCGCAUCGUCGAGGUCGUUGCCCGAUGGAUAUCCAUGUACCCCGGUGAUUUUGCGCGUCCGAGCACACGACAGAAAUUAGAGGAUCUCGUGGAGGAGCUUACCAGCGAGCCUGUCUUUGCUGUGGCUUCCCAGCAGCUGCGUGACCACAUGGAACAGGACGUGGUCGAGGAUGAUGACACCGAGUGGGCACGAAGCGACGAGCCCUCUGCCGAGGAUCCCAGCACGGCCGAUACCACUGACGGCGAAACGACCCCCACGGGUGGCGCGCCGCGUGGCUCGGACAGUUUGACGUCUGCUGGCCUGAAGUCUUUGCAACUAGACGAUUCCCAUUCUACGGACCAGCCGACGCCAAGCGAAAAUGGAAGCGGCCUCGGCGUCUCUAUGAGCCAGUCUCAGUUUCAGUCUCAGUUCCAGUUUCACUCUUGUGAAGACUACGAGCGGGAAGCCGCAUCCUUGGUGCCAAUGGCGACGCUGCCGCUCAACAAAUUUCGAUACCACAUAUUCAUGGACCAGAAUCCGGAUGACAUGGCAGACGAGAUUACGCGCAUAGACUGGAUCAUGUUCAGCAGCAUACGCAUCCGCGAUCUGGUACGACAUGUCUCGCUCUCUCUCCACGAAAAGGAGCGAUGCAAGUCCCUGGCAAACGUGAAUCGCAUGAUUUCGCACUUUAACCACGUGGCGAAAUGGGUAGCCAAUAUGAUCCUGAUUCGCGACAAGGCCAAGCACCGUGCGCCGUGCAUGCAAAAGUUCAUGCUCAUCGCUCUUCGCCUUCGCCAGCUCAACAACUACAACGGCUUAGCCGCAGUGCUAGCCGGCAUCAACGGGACCGCAAUCCACCGACUUGCCCAGACCCGGGCGUUGGUCGAUGCAGACAUACAGAAGCGCUUUGCGCGCUUAGGGUUACUUAUGAGCACGCAAAAGAGUCAUUUUGCUUACCGUCUAGCGUGGGAGAAUUCGCCUCUGCCACGGAUUCCUUUUAUUCCUCUACACCGGAGGGAUUUGGUUAGUGCCGAAGAGGGCAGUCGCACUUUUGUCGGGCCCGAUGGCGACCGUAUCAACUGGAAGAAGUUUGAGAUUCUCGGUGAAGUACUUUUGCCUAUUAUGAAGAGCCAAGGAACGCCAUAUCCGAAUCUGAAACGUCACGACAUAUCGAGGGAAUUGAUCAUGGACUGCCGUAUGCCAUCAGACGACGAGCGAAGCGUGCAGGUUGAGCCCACAGCCGGGCCGGCUGAUUCGCUCAAGAAGAAAUUCCCCUGGUUACCGAAAUAA